AUGUUCAAAUACGUCGCAUUCUUUGCCCUCCUCGCUGUUGCUGCCGCCAAGCCCGGUCUGCUCGCUGAGACACACACAAUCGUCCAACCAGCUGUUGUUGCUAAAACUGCCUAUGUCGAUACAAGCGCAUCCUCGGCCAUAACUCACCAGAGCCAUGUGAACCUCGUCAGGAAGGUGCCAGUUGUACCAGUCGUCCACGCCGCACCCGUCGUACAUGCAGCCCCCCUCUUGAAGACCAUCUCCGCUCCAGUUGUGCAUGCAGCCCCUGUGGUUCACUCCGCUCCAGUCGUGCAUGCAGCCCCUGUGGUUCACUCCGCUCCAGUUGUGCAUGCCGCCCCCGUAGUUCAUUCAGCUCCAGUCGUCCAUGCUGCUCCCGUUGUUCACUCCGCUCCCGUUGUUCAUGCUGCUCCAGUCGUCCACUCCGUGGUCCACUCAGCUCCUCUAGUCAAAACUAUUGUCUCAUCUCCAUUGGCCUACAGCAUCCACCAUUAG